CACCAAAGAGGCACUCAGUAUUUGUGAAAGUGGACCCAGCAGCACAUGGACCCUUGGCAGCAGGGGAACAGAGCAACAACAGUUCUCUUAGACUGACCGGAACAGGUUACUGUUUUCAAUAUGGCACGGCGGAUGUUCAGACUGAAAGGUUGCCUUGGCCCUAAAGUAUAUACAGAGGUCCCAGAUGGAGGCUGGGGAUGGAUUGUGGCUGUGGCCUUUUUUCUAGUGGAGGUGUUCACCUAUGGGGUCAUCAAAAGUUUUGGAAUUUUUCUCAAGGAUCUUAUGACUGACUUUGAGGAGAGCAACAGCCGAGUAUCCUGGAUCAUUUCAAUAUGUGUCUUUGUUAUGACUUUUACAGCACCUUUAUCAUCAGUGCUGAGUAAUCGAUUCGGCUUCCAGCCGGUUGUGAUAUUCGGAGGGUUUCUCAUCUCCCUGGGCACAAUCUUCACUGCAUUCACCAGCUCCAUCAAUCAGAUGUACCUCACUAUUGGAAUAGUUGCAGGACUGGGUUACUGUUUGACAUUUCUGCCAACUGUCACAAUCUUGUCCCAGUACUUCAGCAAACGUCGCUCUGUGGUCACCGCCAUGGCCUCCACUGGAGAAUCAUUCGCUAUAUUUGCUUUUGCUCCAGCAUUCACAGCUCUUAAGUAUCACAUUGGCUGGAGAUACACCUUGGUGGUGAUCGGAACAUUGCAGGGUAUCAUCAUUAUCUGUGGAGCAUUGCUUCGACCCAUAGUCAUCAAACCAAAGACUUCUCAAACUGGAAUUGAGCAGAUCACAAACUCUCCUCCCAUAGACCAGCUGAGAAACUCAGUUAACUCUGGAAAUUUAGAUGUCCUGUCUCCUGACAAGCUGGAACAUGGCCUCGAAUCUGUUGGGGAGCAGCAGGGUGAGGUGGAGCCACUUCAGGUUCCUCCAAAACAAAAGGACAUUAGUAUGCAAGCUAAAAAUAAGCUCCUGGACUUGACUGUCCUGAAGGAAGGCAGUUUUUUGUGUUAUUCAGCGUUUGGCCUCUUUGCAACAUUGGGAUUCUUUGCUCCACAGCUGUAUGUGGUGGAGCUCAGUGCCAGUAUGGGUACGGAGAGAGACAAGGCUGCCUAUAUGCUGUCAACAAUGGCUAUCGCUGAAAUCUUUGGACGGCUCUCUAUUGGAUGGGUACUGAGCUUGGGGCGCGUCAGGAAGAUCUUUGUACUGCUUGGAUGCGUAUCACUGAUGUGUCUGGCGCUGGUGUUGUUCACUGUGGUACAUGGAUUCUGGGGACUGGUUGUGUGUUGCGUGCUUUACGGCUUCUUACUCGGCAACAUUGCUUCCACACACAUUCCCAUGUUGGCUGAGGAUGAUGUCAUAGGGAUCGAGAGGAUGCCCUUGGCUGUAGGCGUCUACGUGUGCAUUCAGAGCUUUGCGGGACUUGCCGGUCCACCUUUAGGAGGUGUCCUUGUGGAUAUUACACAAAAUUACAGCUCUGCAUUCUUCUCCUGCGCUGGGGGAAUGGGACUAGGUGCCGUCUUUCUUGCGCUUGUACGCCCAGCAAAGACAGGUCGUCUAUGCAUGAGGAGGGACAAUGGCAGAAACACCCCGGUAGUGCAACAAGAGUCCAAAGACAUGCCAGGGGAUUUUCAAGAGGUGGAAAUUCACAAAAACACAGGAAUCAAGUCUUAAAU